AUGUUUCGAUCCUUUGAUCUUGACUAUUUGACUGUUAGGACUCAUGCUGCAGGUCAAUCAGCAUAUAAUCCUGUUGAAAGGGGUAUAGUAUCCCUUUCAGCAAAACUUGCAGAUAUAACUCUAAGUAAUGAUAAACAUGACUCUCACCUUGACUUACAGGGUAAAGUCAUCAACUCAGAGCUAGCAAGAAAGCAUUUUAAGCAUGCAGGCAACACUCUUUGCGAACUGUGGAGAUGGGACAAUAUAUUCAGAAAGCCAGUCGUGACUGAAUAUGUCAGCAUGGAAAAUACCUCAUUUUCAGAUAAUGUAUCUUGGAAAUGGAUUGAACUCCAUGCAAAUAUUUGUAGAUACUCCUUGGACAUCAAAAAAUGUAAUAAUAACAUAUGUUGUUUAUCCAAAUUGUAUGAGGAGGCUGCUAGCCUUCUUGCUACAACUAAUGGCUUUUUUCUACCUAUUCUAAUAGGAAAAGAUAGCCAUUAUGUUAAUUCAAUACAUUUACUAGAGUAUUUUGAUGAAAAUAAAAUACUGGGAUAUGAUGAACACUGCUCUUUCAUAAACAAUUAUGUAAAACUUUCCUGCUCUAUUUGUAAGAAGUAUUUCUUAACAGCAGCAAUAGUUAAUACCCAUAUACAAAGUCGACAUUCUAGUCCAGUUAAGUGUAAAUAA